AUGCUGCAUAUACAAUUGUUAUUGAUAUCUCUACUACUUAUUUUGACACAGGCAACUUUAUCAAUUAAUGGUGAUUGUGUUCCACUUAACGAGAGAUGUACAAAAACUGUAUUUGCACCGUGUUGUAAUAAUACAGUAUGCAAAUUGGAUGGUCCAUUCUAUGGAAAGUGUGUGCAGUGUUUAGCCGACGCUGCAUGGUGUUGGCAUGACAAUGAAUGCUGUUCUGGAAACUGUGAUUGGUUCAGAUGUAUAAAACGCGAAAAUUAA